CCGGCGGGGCCGCCGCGCCCGACACUGCCCCGGCCGCUCGCCCUGCUCCUUCCUCCUCCUCCUCCUCCUCCUCCUCCUGCUCCUUAUCCCGGCCUCGCCAAAGUUUUUCCCCUUCCUCGUUUCGGAGUUUUUUUGGUUUUCUUGGUUUUUUUUGUUUUUUUGUUUUUUUUUUAGCGUUUUCUCGCUGAGGAGAAGUAAUAAAAAAGUUUUUUGCAGGCUUCUCGCGGUUCUUCUCCGCUCCGCAGCCGGUGGAGACUUCGUUUCUCCGAGUUUUUACUUUUUCAACCCUUCCCUGCCCCUUAACGCUUAACUUUUUAAUUUUUAUUUUUUUUUAAAUACUUUUUUUCGCCCCCUUGUUCCCCCUCGGCCACUUUCUCGCAUGAAUCUCCUCGACCCUUUCAUGAAAAUGACAGAAGAACAGGACAAAUGUAUCUCCGACGCCCCCAGCCCCACCAUGUCGGAUGACUCCGCCGGGUCCCCCUGCCCCUCUGGAUCCGGCUCGGACACGGAGAACACCAGACCCCAAGAGAACACCUUCCCCAAGGGCGACCCGGACCUGAAGAAGGAGAACGACGAGGACAAAUUCCCGGUGUGCAUCCGGGAGGCGGUGAGCCAGGUGCUGAAGGGCUACGACUGGACCCUGGUGCCGAUGCCGGUGCGGGUGAACGGCUCCAGCAAGAACAAACCGCACGUCAAGAGACCCAUGAACGCCUUCAUGGUGUGGGCACAGGCGGCCCGCAGGAAGCUGGCGGAUCAGUACCCGCACCUGCACAACGCCGAGCUCAGCAAGACCCUGGGCAAGCUCUGGAGGCUGCUGAACGAGAGCGAGAAGCGCCCGUUCGUGGAGGAGGCCGAGCGGCUGCGGGUGCAGCACAAGAAGGACCACCCCGACUACAAAUACCAGCCCCGGCGGAGGAAGUCGGUGAAGAACGGGCAGGCGGAGCAGGAGGAGGGCGCGGAGCAGACCCACAUCUCCCCCAACGCCAUCUUCAAGGCGCUGCAGGCAGACUCGCCCCAGUCCUCCUCCAGCAUCAGCGAGGUGCACUCGCCCGGGGAGCACUCGGGCCAGUCCCAGGGGCCCCCCACGCCCCCCACCACCCCCAAGACGGACCCGCAGCCCAGCAAGCAGGACCUGAAGCGCGAGGGCCGCUCGCUGGGCGAGGGCGGCCGGCAGCCGCCGCACAUCGACUUCCGCGACGUGGACAUCGGCGAGCUGAGCAGCGACGUGAUCUCCAACAUCGAGACCUUCGACGUCAACGAGUUCGACCAGUACCUGCCGCCCAACGGGCACCCCGGGCAGCCCGGCCAGGUCAGCUACACCGGCAGCUACGGCAUCAGCGGCACCGCGGGCACGCCGCCGGCCGCCGGCCACGUGUGGAUGUCGAAGCAGCAGGCGCUGAGCGCGGAGCAAAGCCCGCAGCAGCAGCAGCAAAGGACGCACAUCAAGACGGAGCAGCUGAGCCCCAGCCACUACAGCGAGCAGCAGCAGCACUCCCCGCAGCAGCAGCAGCAGCAGCAGCAGCAGCAGCAGCAGCAGCAGCAGCAGCUGGGCUACGGCUCCUUCAACCUGCAGCACUACAGCUCGUCCUACCCCAGCAUCAGCCGCGCUCAGUACGAGUACGGCGAGCACCAGGGCUCCUCGGGCUCCUACUACAGCCACGCCGGGCAGGGCAGCGGGCUCUACUCCACCUUCAGCUACAUGAGCCCCACGCAGCGCCCCAUGUACACGCCCAUCGCAGACACGGCGGGGGUGCCCUCCAUCCCCCAGACCCACAGCCCGCAGCACUGGGAGCAGCCCGUCUACACGCAGCUCACCCGGCCCUGAGCGCGGCUGGGGGAGAAAAAGGCCGGCAAAAAAAAAAUUAAAAAAAAAAAAAAAAGAGAGAGAGGAAAAAAAAGUUAAAAAAAAAAAAAUAUAUAAAAAAAUCAACGGCAGCAACCCGGCAAAAAUGAAAAUUUUCGGAUGGGAAGAAUAAUGGGAAGAGAGCGGAAGCAGCGAGAACGAGUGGCCUCGGACUGGUUCGGUGUUUGAAAUUGAAAUUGUGUAGUUGAAAUAAUGAUUAAAAACAGACUCACGUGGAAGCUGGCGGGGAGGAGAGAGCGCCUCGAGCCUUCUGCACUACAGCAUCCUCCAGCACCCGCUCCCAGCCCCAAAAUUUGGGACAGACUUGCCAAGGACUGGACUUGAACUCUGCUUCAGAGAUUUCCACCCAACCCGCCCAGCUGGCUCCUUCUCUGGACUUUUGUAAUGAUUUUUUUGUUGUUGUUGUUUUUAUAGCAGUAAUUAAAAGAAAGACAAAAAAAAAUUAAAAAGAAAAAGAAGAAAAAAAAUGGGGGGUAAAAGAGAAAGCUCGGAGUCCUCUGUGAGGAAUAUUCUCUAUUUUAAAUAUUUUUAGUAUGUACUGUGUAUGAUUCGUUACCAAUUUGAGGGGAUUUAUACCUAUUUUUUAGAGAUUUUUUUUUUUGAAAUGCUCUUAUUUUUCCAACAGCUAAAAAAAAAAAAAAAUGACACUUAGUGGAGCAGCCCUAGGUUUUCUUGCAGAGGUAUUUUUGUAUAGAGAAGUGUCUUUUUUUGCUCUAAAAAUGAAACUAAACCAGCGUGCUCUGCCCUGGGAACCCAGCACUGGGGCAGGGACCAGCAUGGGAGAGGCUUUAUUUUUCUAACUCGUAGCAAAACCAGCCAGGAGGAGAACUUCACUUUAUUUUUUAAUAACCUCGAGCCUUAAAAGAAAAACAAAAAAAAGAGGAGGGAAAAAAUAAAAAAAAAAUUAAAAAAAACCCCCACAAAAAGAAAUCAAUCCAUGGAGCAGCCCUGAAAGUGCUGCUGAGAAGCCUUAAAGCAGCCCCGUGAUAAUCACGGGCUGGGGGCUGAGCCCGACCCCUCCGGGCCCCCCCUGCCCACCCCAGGCUGCCAAACCCAGCCAGGGAGACCUCUCAGAGCCUUUAAAUUAUUUAUUUGGGGAGAAGAGCAGCUUUUAAUCACCAUUUUCCUUGGGUUUUGUUGUUUGGAUCUCCCCCGUGAGUCCUUUGGGAAGCGUUGCGUUAGUUGGGAGCGUUCUUUGGGGAGGGGGUGACCGUGCCUGUUAAAUUAUGGUCUGAAACUGUAACCAGUCCUUUAUUUAUCUCUUUAAUUCCUUUUGGUUGUUGUUAUUAUUAUUAUUAUUAUUCUUUUUUGGAAUCUGUGUCCUGGGUUUGUACAAACUUUGCGCUCUUCCUUUUUUUUUUUUUUUUGUGUUUUGUUUGAGGUUUUAUUUUAUUUUUUAAUUUUUUUUGUCUCUUGCCUCGGAGGAGGAGAAACUGGAAGAAGGAAGAAGAAAAAAAAAAAAAAAAAGAAAAAUAAUGAGAUUUGUACAAACUAAAGAUUGCAAAUGUAGCGGAUCACUGAAUCAUUUGCCUUGUUUCCUGCCUCAGCUCUCUGGGACACACGAGCUCGUGCAAGGACGAGCCCCACACCCCAGCCCUGCUGCAGGGGUGGCACCGUUUUAGCCUUCAACCCCCCCAAAAAACUGCCUGGGAGAGGUGGGGGGGGACACUGAUUUUGGUGAAGCUGUGGCUGAACAGUUAAGGAUUGCUUUUUAAAAAAGACAGCAGACUUUUUUUAUUUAAAAAAAAAAAAUAAUGAUAUAUUUGUUAACUUUUUUUUUUUUUUAGGGAUUCAGUAGGAGAAAAAAAAAAUCUUAAAGCACUCUUAUAAUAUGGCAUCUUUCUAUUUCUGUAUAAAAGCAGAUCUUUUUAAAGUAUUUCUGUAACUUAAAAGACCUGUCCUUUAAAUCAUAUUUUGUCUUUAGGUAAGUUUGGUUUGGUUUUGGUUGCAAGAUCCUUCUCUUUGUGAAACUUACCUUGUUUUGUUUUGUUUUGGUUUUUUUUUUGUAUAUUAUUGUUUGCAAU